AGUAAACAUGGCCAAGAGUAUUAUAGUCUAGCUGUUAAAAUCAACAUGGCGCCUCAAAUCGUGCUCAUAACUGGUUGCUCUUCCGGAAUUGGGCUCGCGAUGGUUCAACGUCUCACCCGAGACCCCGACCACCGAUUCAUCAUCAUUGCCACCGUGAUCGCGAUGUCGGAGAAGAACGAUCUCGAGGCAGCUGUCAAGGAUUACAUCGACAAGGUAGUUUUCAUCAAGGAGAUGGACGUCACGAAAGACGGAGAUAUUACUACUGUAGUGGAGAGCGUCAUCAACGAUCACGGUCAGAUCGAUAUAUUGCUUAACAUAGCUGGACUUUCUGUCGUCGGCAUUCCCGAAAACAUCUCUCGGGAACAGGUUGAUCAGAUCUUCAGUGUGAAUGUUAUCGGGACUAUACGACUUACCCAGGCCGUCCUGCCUCACAUGAAGGAGAAGCAAUCGGGGAAGAUCAUCACAUUCUCCAGUGUAGCAGGAAGGAUUGGUUUUGCAUACCUUGAACUGUACUGUGCAUCGAAGUUUGCUGUGGAAGGUUUCUUCGAGUCUUUGGCUGCUGGCAUCCGUGCCUUUAACAUCAGAGUUUGUCUGGUGGAGCCUGGGCCGGUGAAGACAGGUCUUUGGGAUUUCACGGCUAAACAAUACACGUCACACUCCAACGACGAUACGAUCCACGCAAUCGACAGACGCCAGCUCCAGAACAAAGUUCCACGAGUAAGUGUGGAACCGGUCUUUGAAAUUGACGACGUUGUCAACAGGGUAAUGUCGAACUGUAUCAACGCUGACGAACCGGCUCUUCGGCUCCUGAUUGCAGACACCCCGACAGACACCAACUUGGCCCAAAUCGCUUCGGAUUUAACAGGAGAAGCUGGACUUCAAGAAUUUGGUCUUAAAGAACUCUCCUAAAUUGAAUGAAUAAAACGGAAAUGCUAUAUGUGGAGCGUUGUGGCCCAGUGGAUUAGUCUUCUGACUUUG